UUUUCGAGAAGCGAAGCGAGGGGCUCCAGACGAUAAGAGCAUUCUUGCCGUAGACUCGUAGCCACUCGGAAGCGCACGGGCUAGCGUGCAAGCGCCUACUCCGGAGCGCCUCUUUAUCCGCAGAGCGAGCGUCUACGUCUACGUGCGCGUCCGUCGUUCGCCCUUACCCGCCAUGACAUCGCGCCUCGUGACGUCACUUAUUGGUCUGGGACUGAACAGUAGUAGCAGCAGCAGCAGUCAGCUGGCGAAGAGGAGCCUCUCCAUUGACGGAAGAAUAUCCGCCGUCACAGCCGCUGCCCAUCCUACCAACGUAGGAGUCGUUCAGAUCGGAAGUCAUCGCCGUCCGAUCCAUACCACUGCUGCGAAAAUGGACGGUAAAGUCAUCCUAGUGGAGAACACCAACCGCAACAUGCGUGUGAUGGAGUACGCCGUCAGAGGACCCAUCGUCAUCCGAGCUGGUGAAAUAGAGAAGCAACUAAAAGACAAGCCUGGUUCACUCCCGUUCAAGCGAGUAAUUCGAAGCAACAUCGGCGAUUGCCACGCGACUGGGCAGAAACCAAUAACGUUCAUCCGUCAGGUUCUUGCUACAUCGACGAUGCCAGACAUGUUCCUCCAAUCGGAUGUCUUCCCCUCUGACGUACGCGCUCGAGCGGAAGAAAUUCUGAAAUCCUGCGGAGGUCAAUCCGUGGGCGCCUACAGCGAUAGCGCUGGCGUUGCCGUCAUCAGGAACCACGUCGCGGAGUACAUUUCACAGCGGGAUGGUGUGAAAACCUUGCCGGAGAACGUCAUCCUCCAAGGAGGAGCCAGUGAGGCUGUCAGGUCGAUCCUCUCGCUGUUGAACGAGCCAGUGGACGGACAAAGACCCGGAGUCAUGAUUCCGAUCCCUCAGUAUCCGUUGUAUUCAGCUACCCUCGCCGAGUACAACAUGGGUCAAGUCCCCUACUAUCUCGACGAGGACAACAACUGGGCUCUGGACAUUCCUGAGCUCGAACGGGCUUUCCUGGAGGCUAAGAAGAACAAAAUUCACCCGAGAGCAAUAUGCAUCAUCAAUCCUGGAAAUCCCACAGGUUCGGUUCUUUCCGAGCAGAACAUCAAAGACAUAAUCAAGUUCGCAUACGAUCACAAUCUGAUGUUGUUGGCGGACGAAGUUUAUCAGCAUAACGUCUACAUCGGAAAGUUCUUCUCGUUCCGCAAGGUGCAAGCGGAACUCGGUGCUCCGUACAACACGCUGGAGCUGGUGUCGUUCAUGUCCGCUUCGAAAGGAUUCAUGGGAGAAUGCGGUCUUCGCGGUGGUUACAUGGAGAUCGUGAAUUUUGAUCCCCAAGUGAAGGCCACGCUCUUGAAAGCGAUAUCGGCCAAGCUUUGCUCCACCAUACUGGGCCAGAUCGCGAUGGAUUGCGUCGUGAGGCCACCCGCCAAAGGAGAGGAAUCCUAUGAUCUCUUCAUGAAAGAACGAACCGAAGUUCUCGAGCAGUUGCGCACUAAAGCUCGGAUGGUCGCGGACACCUUCAACACUUUCGAAGGUUUCAAAUGUAACGCUGUAGCCGGCGCGAUGUACGCAUUCCCACGUCUGACGAUUCCGCAGAAGGCUAUCGAAAAAGCGAAGUCGCUCGGGCAAGAAGCGGAUUUCUUCUACGUGAAGCAGCUGCUCGAAGAGACCGGCGUCUGCGUUGUUCCAGGCUCCGGUUUUGGUCAGAGACCAGGAACGUACCAUUUCAGAACAACGAUAUUGCCCCCCACGGAUCAACUCAAAGAGAUGUUGAAUCUAUUCAAGGAGUUCCACCAGAAGUUCAUGAAGGAGUAUAAGUGAAAAUCUCGUACUCGAACUCGUCCUGAGUGACGUGGCGUCAUAGGACCUCGGAGUGGUUAUCGAAGGCCAGAGUGUCUUCCUGAAUUAGAUUUAGCGAAAGUCUUUCCGAACGCAAUCGUGGCAAGUCUUUCAGAAUACCUAGCUGUACGAGCUGGUAAGGUCCACAUUUAGCGUGUUAGUUGAUAGGUCUGUGCAGUCACUCCGAGAACGAAGAUUUUCACGAGCGACGUACGAACAUAGAUCAAUCGUUGGCAGUUCACCGAGGGGGUCAUUAGAGCACUGUCAGUAUGUGCCGGACAGCCUCUUCCAAAAUGGACAGCGUUUACUGUUUGACGAGCAGGAGGGCUCCUAUCUCAGUCACUUGUUUCCUAGCUUGAUUCAGUCUGUUGUCCACCAAACUAGUUGUUUCGCAUUGUCUAUCCCAAAACGCCGAUGCGAGUCCUUUUGGUUCGGAUGUAUAUAUGAGAACAAUUCUCCGAAGCAAGCCUCUACAUUAUUUUUUAAUUAAAGCCGACUGACUGUUAUUUUAUCCCAGAGAGAAGCAUGAUCGCAUUGAUGCAUAUGGAUUGUGAGUGAUACAUACUUCCUUGAUGGAAAUACUCUUUUGUCACUUCAUUGUGGAAGGAAUCCAUGUUUCCCCGAGCUCAAGCGCUGAUAUCAGAUCUCAAUGCGAUCGGC